AUGGCAGCGACGAAGGUGGCGGUCGCUGCGGUCCAGCUCGUCUCGCGCGCGACGCUGCCGCCCAACAUGGCCGCUGUCCGCCGCAUUGUGGGCGAAGCCGCGGCUGCGGGUGCGUCCAUCGUCGUGCUGCCCGAGUACUGGGGCAUCCUCGGUCGCCACGAGACGGACAAGGUCGGCCUGCGCGAGGCGCUGACGGCGUCGCCGGUCGCGACCAAGCAGCCCAUGCAGCACUGCAUGCGUGAGCUCGCGCAGCAGCACCAGAUCUGGCUCAUCGGCGGCACGAUUCCGCUCGAGUGUCCGAGCGACGCCACCAAGGUGCUCAACACGAUGCUCGUGUACAGCCCAAGCGGCGACGUCGUUGGCCGCUACGACAAGGUGCAUCUCUUUGGCUUCACGCCUGGCGGCAACCAAGCGGCCUUUGACGAGGCGCGCACGAUCGUCGCUGGUCCCACGACGCAGGUCCCUGUCGUGGACCUCCCGUGUGGUCGCGUCGGCCUCUCAGUCUGCUAUGACCUGCGCUUCCCCGAGUUUUACCGCGCCAUGGGACCGCUUGCCCUAGCGGUCGUGCCCGCAGCCUUUACGCAUGUGACGGGCGAAGCGCACUGGGAGAUCCUCCUCCGGGCGCGUGCGAUCGAGAACCAAUGCUACGUGCUCGCGUCCGCCCAAGGCGGAGUCCACGAGAACGGUCGGCGCACGUGGGGGCAGUCGAUGCUCAUCGAUCCGUGGGGACAAGUCAUCUCCGAGCUGCGCGAAGGCGAAGGCUUUGUGCUCGGCGACGUCGACCUAGACGUGAUCCAUAGCACGCGCGCAAAGCUGCCGGCCCUGGACCACCGUCGCAUGUAG